AUGUUAUCAUUACCAACGGAUAAUCGUGUGUUGACUUCAGCGAUACAAAUAACAGUUUUGAAUACAAUUGAUGAUCGUCCAGCUCGUGGUAUUAUUCUAUCAAUUAUUGGUUGUUUUUCAACAGUUCCAAGACUUCCAACAACUAUAGCAGCAGCAACAACAACAGCAAUCGCGCCGAAGACUACACAACUAACAACAAAACAAUCACGUGAUUGUAAUCGAAUAGAACUGAUGACAAAUAAAAAUAUUAUCAUUGGUAUUACAUCAGAAUCUCAAUUAACUCAAGGAAAUCUAGGUGAAAUAGGUCACACUAAACAAAAUGGUGUAACAUUUGCUAAUAUGACACCAUCAAUUGAUAUAAUAUUUCGUUCAAAUAUUCUUAUUUAUCUUAAUUCUAUAUCAAUUAUUUCAACAACAACAAUAACGAAUCUAAAACGAUUUCGUAUUGAAUUACUUAAUAAUGAAAAUGAUAUUCAAUAUAAAAUAGAAUCAUCAUCAAUGACAGUUAAUUUAGAAUCAUUACCAUCCGUUGUAGUAGCUGGUAUUCGACUAACAUUUCUUGAAACAAACGAUAAUCAACCACCGAAAAAUAUUAUUCUAUCAGUUCAAGCAUGUGUAGAAAAAUUUUUAAUUACAACACUUGCAACAACUACACCAUCGUUAACAACUAGAAGAACAUUGCCAAAAACAACACCCAUUACACCAGAUCAUUGCGCAGAUUUUGAUGCAAUGCAAGAACCCUACAGUAAAAAAACUCUUGCUGGUCUUAGUGGUACAAACCCAAAAGGUACUAAUUCUUCACUUUUGGAUCUUAUCUAUGGAAAAUCGAUAUCAUUCGAUGAAACUGAACAUAAUGUUGUUUUAUUUGUCAUAUUCAAAUCAAGUCUAUUUGUUUAUUUGAAACAUGUUGGACUUGCAUCAAUAUCUCAUAGUAAUGUAAAACGAAUUAAAAUUGAAUAUCUUGAUAAAAAUCAAUUACUUAUGCGAACAAUAUUUGUUGAUUAUUCAAAUGAACAAAAAAUAAUGGAGCCUAUACAAAAUAUUGGCUCAGUUAAAAUCACAAUUGAAGAAACAUAUGAUGGAAAAUCAGCAAAAAAUGUUCGUCUUUCAAUUAAAGGUUGUUUUGCUAUUCAACCUCGCUCAACAACAACAACAAUACGACCGGUAUUAUCAACAACAACACCAAGUAAUACAUGA